AUGGCGCCGGCGGCCGGUCGCGGCCGAGGACGAGGACGGGCCCGGGGACGCGGCCGCGGCCGUGGGCGCGGACGAGCGGCCAAGACCCCGCCGCCUCCCGCCGCAGAACCCGCGCCGGAGGAGGCUCCCGACGCCGCCGAGCAGGAGCAGGAGCAGGAGCAGGAGCAGGAUCAGGAGCACGAACAGGAGCAGGAGCAGCUCACCCACAACACCCAAGAUGCCGCCGCCUCUGCCUCUGCCUCUGCCUCUGCUUUUGCGGGGCGGGAGACGAUUGAGAUCUCUGACUCGACAGAGGCAUCCCCUCAACACUGCGCCUCCUCGCCAGACAUAUAUAGCUCAACCACAGUCCACCAGCACAUCAAGGAGGAGGAGCCAACCUCAAUCACAGUCGAUGAGCCGAGUGAGGCCGACGUGCCGUCUCCUACCAAUGAUGAUGAGCAGCAGCAGAAAAUGGAGGUGGAGGCUGGAGAGCCUCAUGAUAUGUUGUUGUCCGUAGAGCAAGAAGAAGCGCAAGGAAAUAAUAACCAGGAGGAUGCAGGGCCCGAUGCGAACAAGCAAGCGGUACAGAGCAAAGAAGCAGAGGUGAUAGAGCAGGAGGGUGGAAAAGCCGAUGACGAUGAUGUAGCGGUAAAGACUGCUGCAACUCAUGAUGCACAAAAUAAGCAAGACAGCCAACCUAACCCACUCCACCAGGGACAAAUGCUUGCUGCAACUCAUGAUGAUAAUUCAGAAAAUAAGCACCCACUCCACCAACAACAGAUGGAUGCUCAGCAGGAAGAGGAGGAGGAGGAGGAUCCUCAAGAGGUCAUCUUCGACGACUCUGUCUCCGUGGGUGAAGGGCAGGCCGCAUCUGAGAUCAAGCAAGGAGACGACCUUGCUAAGGCCACGGAGGACGACGACGACGGGCAGGCUGCAGCUGAGAGCAAACAGGAAGAGCACCGUGCUAGGGCGUCGGAGGAGCACGGCCAGGCUGCAGGUGAGGUCAAACAGCAAGAGGACGAGCGCAAGGUUAUGUCAGACAUGGCCAAGAACAGGCAGCGCAAAAAGGAGCUAGAGAUCUUUGUGGGAGGGCUGGACCGUGAAGCCGUCGAGGAGGAUAUUAGGAAGGUGUUUGCGCACGUCGGUCAUGUUGUGGAGGUCCGUCUCCACAAGGAUCUCUCCACCAACAAGAACAAGGGCUUUGCGUUCGUCAGGUUUGCAAACAAACACCAGGUGGCUCGCGCGCUUGCUGAGGUGAAGAAUCCUAUGAUACAUGGCAAACGUUGUGCCAUUGCCGCUAGCGAGGACAACGACACACUCUUCUUGGGCAAUAUUUGCAAUACAUGGACAAAGGAAGCUAUUAAGAAGAGGCUGCUUGACUAUGGAGUUGAAGGAGUUCAAAGCUUAACUCUUGUUCCUGAUACUCAAAACGAAGGCCAGAGCCGUGGUUUUGCAUUUCUCGAGUUUUCUUGCCACGCGGAUGCGAUGCUUGCAUUCAAGAGGCUGCAGCAACCAGAUGCUCUGUUUGGUCAUCCUGAGAGAACUGCAAAAGUUGCUUUUGCAGAGCCAAUAAAAGAAGCAGAUGCAGAAGUUAUGGCUCAGGUCAAAUCAGUUUUUAUUGAUGGACUUCCACCAUACUGGGAUGAAGAGCGUGUUAAAAACCGAUUCAAAGCUUAUGGUUUGAUAGAACGAGUUGUGCUUGCUCGCAAUAUGUCUAGUGCUAAAAGAAACGAUUUUGGAUUUGUCAACUUCUCAACCCAUGAGGAGGCUCUUGCUUGUAUUGAAGCCACCAACAACACCGAGCUGGGUGAUGUUGGAAAAGCAAAGCUAAAAGUAAGGGUUAGACUUUCAAACCCUCUACCUAAAAGUCAGGCUGUGAAAGGUGAAAUGAGUGGCGGGUUUCGAAUUGGACAUCCUGGAUCUGGUUUUAACAGGCCUGGUAGAGGUUUUAAUAGGGGAAGAGCUGCCCCUCGCCGGGAAGGUUUCCAUGGUGAUAGGGGUUUCAAUAAUCACACUCCUGUUCGUGGUGGGAGAUUUAAUUCUGCAUACAGUAACAACAGUUUUGAAGCUUCGCCCUCUGAUUUCCGAGCCAGGCAGGCUCCUCCUGCCUUUCGAGGGGGUUCCUCAGGAAGGCAGCAUGAUUUGUUUGAUAGAGGACAGGGGAGAGGAUAUCAUCAUCCACCUAGAGGGCCAACAUUUGAGCCCGAGGGUGAUUUUGGUAGACCCUUUGGUGAAAACCCAUAUCUCUAUGAAGAUGUUCGGCAUGGUGCUAAGAGGCCAUAUUCUCACAUGGAACCCGGUCCUCCUGGAUACUUUGAGCAUGGUGGUCCUCCUCGUGUGCGCCCUCGCUUUGACCAUUACGAGCAGCCACCAUUUCCUGGAGGGAACCGUUUUGGUCAUUAUGACCAGCCACCAUUUCCUGGAGGUGACCGCCACAGAGACUCUUUUGGGACGAGGGGUGGUUAUUCACGUGAUCAUCACUAUGGCCCUGCUCCUGGUCAUGCCCAUGCCCAUGCCCCUCCCCCUGCCCCAGCUCAAUAUGGUAGGGGUGCAUUCCAACCACACCAUAGAGGCGGGCAUUCUGGAGGCGGUUAUUACCACCACUAG